AGCAGUUGUGGGGCUUGGUAUCUGUGGCACUGCCAGAAGUAUCCCUAUCAGUGAUUUGGGCUAAGCAUUAUUUAUGAUACCUGUUGUGUGCUGACAAUCUGUCUGCCUCAGGACCAGCUCGUUCUCUGGCCUUCAGGAUGUCCUGACUGGGUCACUCACCCUGGACUCAGGAGUUGUCUCCUCCUGGGUUUCAGACCAUGAAUGCUGAGAGUGAUACUGCACUGAACCGGAGCCUGCUUUUUACACCUUGGCUGAGAGACCCACGACAUUGUUCCUCAAGCAAGAGAAACAGAACCACAAUUGUGGAACAAAACACAUACCCCAUGGCAUGGAGCUGAGAGGUGCCCCAGGACUGGGCAUGCAAAGAAAGUGACAGUUACACAGGAAAAGCUGCCUGUAUAAGGCUUUAAAAACUGUCUCAUCUUUCCUACACACUUUUUUCAGGAUACAGUCAAGGACAUGGGACCAGGGUGUCUGGCGUGAGUGGAGCAUAAAACUUGGACCCCGAGUAUGGGGCCUCUGGUCCCACUGCUUCUGGGGGCCCUGAUUUGGGUCUGUGUAUGGACGGAUGACCCCAGUAAAGUGAUAUCAGAUCGAUAUGCAGUAUAUUGGAACAAGAGUAACCCCAGGUUCCAUCAUGGUGACUACACUGUGGAUGUGAGCAUCAAUGAUUAUCUGGACAUUUACUGCCCCCACUAUGAAGUCCCUCUCCCAGCAGACAGGAUGGAGCGUUACAUACUUUAUAUGGUCAAUUUUGAUGGGCAUGCCUCCUGUGACCAUCGGCAAAAGGGAUUCAAACGUUGGGAGUGCAACCGGCCUGAGUCCCCAAAUGGACCAUUGAAGUUUUCAGAGAAAUUUCAGCUGUUUACACCUUUCUCUCUGGGGUUUGAGUUUCGUCCUGGCCAUGAGUAUUAUUAUAUCUCAUCCACUCCUCCAAACAUGGUGGAUAGACCCUGCCUCAGGCUUAAAGUUUACGUACGUCCAACAAAUGAUUCUCUCUAUGAGUCUCCAGAGCCUAUCUUCACCAGCAAUAAUUCGGGCCUAAGCCUCAGGGUUCCUCACCCCAGCCUUGGAUUUCUCCUGUUUUGGACUAUUAUUGUUUUGUAGCUGUUGGGUCACAGAUGACCAUGAUAUCAGCCUAGACUAGAAGGAAAAA